GCUCCUGCUACUCGACUAUGCGGUCAGCAGCGCUGCUGCCACUCGCUCUUGUGCUAAGCUCGUAUAUAUACAUACAUUUAUAUGUAUAUAGUAUAUAAAGUACAGGCUGUGUAGAAAGAAGGCGGGAGAGGGGCGCCGCGCCGGGAAAGCCGAGCUGCCGAGGACAGACUGAGACUGCAGAGUGCAGACAUCCGAGCCGCCAGGAAGAGCCAGGAGCUGUCCAUUCAGCCUCUGAAGCCAGUGGUACAGGAGGGAGCUCAGUGAGCGAUGCAACAUUUUGUAUAUUAUCAAUCAAAGAUCUGCUUUGUCGAGGCCUGCUCGUUUUAGAGUAAAAAAGCUGUAGCUCGGAGAGGUGAACGCUUCCAAGAUGGAAGGUGGCGAUGGUGGAGAUGGCUCUACACCCAUCAGGGUUAAUUCAACAGCUAUAAAAGCUGCACAACAAGAAAUGGGAAGGUUAGAUGUACUGGUUUGCGGCCAGUGCCAUUCUGUCUUUCAUUUUGUUGAUGAAUUCCAAGAGCAUCGUUCUAAGGAAGGAGCGUGUUCUAAAGUUUCUUCGUUCAGAGAAAAUAGCAAUAAUGAGCAAAAGGCACAAGUAUGGGCAUUUUUGCUCUGGAAAGAUACGCAAAUACAACAAGAUAGUCCAGACAAGGAUAAUUCAUGGAAGCUCUACCAGAAAUGGUGCAAGAUGGAUACGCAUGUUAGAGAUUGCUGGAUAACAGCUGGCAAGACCAUUCAGACUUUCACGAAAAUAAGUAAUACAAAGAUGCAAGAAGUACCACGUCAACAAGGUAAUAUCACAACAGAUGGGGGUAAAACUGUUGUUGUACGUAAAAUAAUAAGAAAUGGACAACCCGAGAGUCCUGAAAAGAAAGAAUUUAAGCCUGAUAUUAAAAUUAAAACAGAACCUACUGACAACAAAGGCAAGGUUAAGCUGAAACCUUCCAUCAAGCCAAAGGAAAAGACAAGUGAUGCUGGUGAGAAUAAUGCUGAAUCCAGUGGCGAAGAAUAUGCUGUUGAGAAAAUUCUGGCAAAACGGUUUAAUCCAAAGAAAAAAGUUUACGAGUAUUUGCUCAAGUGGGAAGGAUAUGCGCAUGAACACAAUACAUGGGAAGAAGUGACGCACGUCAGCGUGACAUGUAAACAGUUAAUGGACGAAUUUGAACAAAAUCUUGCCAAACAGAAAGAGCUGAAAGCUCAACAAGUAGCUAAAUCUAUUAAUCGAGCUAACCAAAUGAACAUGGCACAAAAGAUCGUAAAAGUUGAUAACUCUAAAGCAGGACCAAGUUCGGCUGCUCAAGCUGGGCGGCCAAUGCGGUCAAGUAAAUCUAAAGCAUUGGACCAAGUGAAACAAUGGUGUGGAUCAAUGAAAGACGAAGACAAUGAUUUACUUGGCAAACGGAAAAUCGCCUUCACGGAUAGUGAUUCAGACGACGAUGGUGGCAUGGGUAGUGUAGGCAACGUGAAUACAAUAAAACGCAGCAAGCAUGAUACUAGCGGUGACGACGACUGGACGGCUGAAUCCGAAGAAGACAAGGUGGUGAUGGGGCGCAGCGAUGUAAUCCAGCGUGCUUUUAGCCGAGCAAACGCACAAUCCAAUGGUUCGAAUCGGUCGAGUGGCCCAAUGACCGGCACCGACCUAGCUAAUAGUAUGCUUGCAAAUAAGAAUAUUGUGAAUACGAAAGCAACCAACGCCCAACCGCAAUCUAAUGUGUACAUAGUGCAUCGAAAAGACGGCAUCAUCAAACUAGACUCCUCGCCGACAAACAAGAUAUCUGUGAAGGGUCCAAAUCAGUCGGCCAACAGCGGCGUUUUGAUGGUCCAAAAUCGUGAUGGCGUCAUGAGAAAGCAGAUCGUUUCAGCGGGUGCGUUACAUUCUAAUUCCAUAACUCCGGUCAAAGUGACCUCCAAGGCCGAUGGCACACAAGUCGUGACCCAAAUGAAGGUCGUGCCUAAGUCCACGCCGGCAAAAACAGGUGCAGUUACAGCGCCUAAGAACGAGCCUAUUAAGAUUCAGCCCAAGCCCGAUCCUAAUCAAAUGCAACAAAUUCACCUCGUUACAGCAGUCCCCAGCCCCCUAGGAAUACAGACCCAGAGAGUGACGUCAGCCGUAAGACCGACGGGCCAACGCACCGCAGACGGACGGCCGUUGCUCCCGAGACCUGCAGGUAUACGCUCCUCCACGCCGUCGAGUAGCAACGUAGUAAGCAUCACACAAACACGCACGCCGAUAAGGGCACCCCCGCCAAAGCAAAUUAUCCAACAAAAGCGUACUACGCCGACGUCCACAAUCGUUCAGGUUUCAUCGCCAAACACUCUCACGAGCAUCAAGCCCAAGAUCACGGUGAUGAAUCAGCAGGGCAAGGUCAUCCAAAAGACGGUAGUGAGCCCCGCUCAAGCAACGCGACCCAUUAUCAAAACGACGCCCGUCAGCAGAAACCAGUCUCUUAUCACACCCCAGCAGAAAAUGAUGAUGGCCAGGAGGAAGGUAGCUGAGCAGGCUGGUGUACUAGCUAAGAGUGGAGCAAGAGGUGGCUCGACAACUGCCGCAAGAGGAGGUGCGCGGCCUAAAGGUAGGCUGCCCGACACCACGUCUACGGCCAACAAGCCAAAAGAGAGCAAGCUUGCCGAGACGGAUGGCCUGCACAUGGAAUUCCACGAGAUCGAGUCUGAAGAGAGUAGCAGUGAAGGAGAACCGGAUUUCCCGCCAGUACCUGCAGAACCAGCUCAGCCUGCCGAGCCCGACAGUCCUCCAAGGCAGUUUACUCUUUGCCCACAUACCGGACGAAUCAUAGGUCCCGAUGGCGAACCCUUAGAUCAGCCGGAACCGGAACCGGAACCGGCACCUGCACCCACGCCUAUGGCCAUUGUACAGGUUUCGGCUACGGGGACGACAGUCACUGCCGACGGUAUCAUCACCAGUAGCUCCAAUGCCAACGACAAUUCGGCUGAGCUUGUGUUGCCCAACCUGGAUUCGCUUACGGACGCUACGGGCGGUAUUGUGCGCGUGGAGAUGAGUCCAGGUGGCACAACCGGUACCAUUGUGCAGGCGAAUGACCCCACUCCCAUUACUUUAAACGCGGGCGUUGUGGUGCCAGGACCUGAUCUGCCUUGUCUUGAUGACCCUUCUAUCGAGGUACAGACGACAAGUACCGGUGGUGUUGUUGUGAACGUGCCGCCAAUCGCUAUGCCCGAAACAACGGCGGUAACUACAACAACAGUUGGUGUAGUGCCCACAGUUCCAGCCACAGCUGUGGUCACAACAGCGACAACGACAACGACCGCAGAACCUACGGGGCUUGAAGCGAUACCAUCGACUGAGACUGCGAUUCUACCUGAUGUAACAAAAGAGGAGAUGAUCACUGGCUCGACAGAAAUCGCCACAACGGAGGCGACAACGGCGGGAACAAACGUCAAAAUGGAAGAAAGUGGUGGACUGGUGACGAUAACUGGAGAUGACGGAGUCGUGUACCAAGUUACGGGUCAAGCAGAAGAUGGACAGACGCUGCUAGUAACGCGUGGUCCUGAUGGCGAACAGCAGUGUGUGUACGUAACGACAGAGCAACAAGCUGGAGAGGACGGCUCUGUGCUCACGCUCGAUCACGCAGUCGCUGAGGCCGUGGCCCAGCUGAUGCCCGACCAAGUGAAUCUAACACCUCAGUUCUACGUGAAAGAGGGCACUGACGGUACAGUCGAAGGUGCUGAAGUUGGCACUGCCGAUAAUCAGCAGAUGGUUAUGUCCAUCAUGGACAGUACUAACACGGUCGUUGCUACAGGACAGGAGGACAGUGAAAACCAGGCACAAGUUGUUGCUCAAGUUAUUCAGGCUGAUGAACCUACACCAGGUGGAACGAGAAGAGUUGUCUUGUUAUUACCAGAUGGAAAUUUGAUGAUGACUGAAGUUGAUGAGGAACAAUAUGCUGCAUUGGAGCUUGACAAAUGAGAAAUUUAAAAGUUUGACCGUUAAAUGGAAAAGGCUGAGCACGUCGCAAAGUGUCCGUGUAUUGUAUGUAAAUAAAAACUUUCAACUAUUGCGAGAAUAUACAACAAAGUAAUACUUUUUAGCCAAUAAGUGCAUUAAAGUUAUAAAUGGCUUUGAAGUAUAAUGUAAAAAAGAAAGAAACUUACAAAUUGGAUAAGAUCAUCUGUGUUUUAGAUUAAAAAUACACAUGUUUUAUUAAUUGAUGUUUCAGUAUCCGACGUUUCACUGGCAUUUUAAUUUUUAAAUUUAUUUAUAAUUUAUAAAAUGGACAGUGCAUUCAAUUAUACAAAUAAUGAUAUAAUAUAUAUAAUGCUAUAUUAGUUUCAUAAAAGUAUUGUACUUCUAGAGUAGUGAGGUACAAUCUAGGAUUUUAUAUUUUCAAAGAAAAAAAACGCAACAAGAGAUGUAUAAAAAUUUAUAAAAUUUUAAUAUUGUUUUUUAAUAUUAUUAUUAUAUUUUUUGUUGAAAAACAAAGUGUAAAAAACUAAGCCUUGAAUCUAGUUAGACUUAGAAUUAUAUUAUUUUCUCCAUUAUUAUGUAAAAAAUUUGACUUUAACUGUUUUUCUUUUUUUUCUGUUACUGCAUUAAACUAGAAACUUCAUUUACGUUUGUGUCGUAUUGAAAUUUAUAAAUAUUUAAUAAUAAUGGCUGGCACAGGUGCGUUCAAUCUUAUUGUAUAUGUAUAUUAUGAAAAUAAGGUUAUACAAAUUUUUAUAUAUAAUAAAGAAAAAACGCUAAUAAUGGAAUUAUGCAAGUAAUAACUAUGGGAAAAAUACUUUGUAUGAAAAUCUGUUUUUGCAUGUAUAUACAAAUAUAUAUAUACAUACUGAUUUUUUGUAGUUUUUUUUAUAUAAAAGUUCUUAAUAUUUUAAGAAAUAUAGUGGAAAAUAAAAAAUAAUCUAAAAAGGUUACAAAGUAAUUUUCCUUUAAUGUAAAUAGGCUAUUCAAUUGAUAAUUAAGUCACCGUUGAAACUCAAUGCUUCAAUAAAAUAGAUGAAUACUAUUUAAGUAUUUUUAAUCAAUUUGAAUAUACAUAGAUAUGUCAAACUAAAUUCAAGAGCAAGAUCAAAACUAAAUAAUGAUCUAAAAAUGUAAAUUUUUUAUAGAAAACAAAACGGUUUCUUAUUAGGAAGCAUACAAUAUAAAAUCCUAGUACAUUAAUACUACAUUAUUGUAAAUAAGAAUGUCAUUUAAAUUGUUUAUAAAAAAAUGAUUAGUAAUAAAUAUAAACAUGGAAUCAAUUAUUAUGAUUUUAAAUGCACAAUAAACAAUUGAUAGUGAAUAUAAAUGAAUGAUCUGAUAGUUGACACCUUCAUUAGUUAUAGGUUGCAAUGUGAGAUAAGCUAAAUCUAGAAGAAAAAUUUAAUUAUAUAUCAUACAUCUCACUCAAAUAAGAAUUAUUUGAAUGUAGUUAACUUGAUUCGCCAGAUUUCACGGCUUAAAAAAGUGAUAUACAUAUAUAUAUAUAUAUAUAUAUAUAUAUAUAUUUCAAAUAGUCUACAAAAGAAUUUUUCUGUGCAAUUGAUAUUACUUGGAAUUUACAACGUAAUUUAAAAUCAGAUUAUUAAAAUAGAGUAUUAAUUAAUUUAAACCUAUAGAAAGAAACAAAUAAUUGUAUACACAUUUAGGAUAUUAUUAAGGACCAUAAACCUGCAACUCGAAACAUUAAAAAAGUACAAAAACUCAGAAUCCUUCAAGAGUGUCAAAGUGUUAAACUUGGUUAAAUUACACUUGAUUCUUACACGUUUCCGGAAUAUUCUUUAUUACGACCAAUGAGUUUAUUAACGGAAGAUCGUAAUAUUAAUCAGUUUGUUUUGAUAACCUUAUCUAAUUUAUGGAUUGUAUCACAGAGAUUUUUUAAAUUUUAGAUCAAUCUAUUCAAGAGUAUGAAAAAUCGUUAAAUUGUUUAAUAGCAGAGAAAACUGAAAUUGUUCUGUCAGAGACAACAAUUUACUUUAAUUCUGAAUCCAAGUAAAGUUUUACUAUACUUAAAUACACUUUUGUAAAUAUGUUUUUUGUAUUGUAAAAUCUAUAUUGCUAGAUCAUAAAGAGUAAGAUUAAUACCCUUACCUGAAGAAAAAUAAAAUCAAAUUCCUAAUUAUUA